AUGGCUUCUUGUCUUUCAAUAAGAUUCCUUCUGGGGAGCUCGAGAUAUUUGGCUAGAAAUAAGCCUUUGAAAUUCGCAGACUUAAAGUCAAUAAGAUUGAGAGAACCUAUUGUCCCAACCCACAAGAAUUUUGAUGUUUCACCCGAUCACCCAUUGUGGGCAUUUUUCCCUGAUGGUAACAAGUCAGAAACAUGCUUUCGUGAAACCGUCGAUUUGGAAAUUCAAUCACGUCCAUGGGGGUUGGCUGAAUUGCGUCGUAAAUCAUUCGAAGAUUUACACAAGUUAUGGUAUUUGAUUCUCAAAGAACGUAACAUCUUGGCCAGGGAAGUUAGAUUGGCAGAUUCUUUUAACGAAAGAUCAACACAUGCUCAUAAUGAUCUUGAUGAUAAAUUAACGUUAACACAAAAAAGACUUAAACAAGUUUUAAUAGAAAGACAAGUUGCAUAUGAAAGAGUCCAAACUUUCACUGAAAACCAAAAGGAAUAUUUAUCAAAAUUUGAAGAUAAUUAUAUCAAUGCAGACUCUUCUGAGAUUGUUUCAUUCAAUGAAAAAUUGAUCAGAUUGCAGUACGCAUUCUUCGGAAUUCAACCACAAUUAGAGGACUAUAAUUUGGAAGAUGACAUUAACGUGAAGUUUGUUGAAGGAUUAUCUUACGUCGCCAAUUUGAAAUUAAAGAGAUACUUGAAUCAAAACCCACAAAAGGCUGAUGAAUUCCAAACACCAUUAAAUGGUGUUGUCGAAGAGUUACCAUUCUUGUUGCGUGAUACCGAAGAAGCUAUCGAAGAAGUCCAAGAAUUGAGAAAUAGAGGUGCUAAUGUAGUCUUGCAUAAGGUUGAAAUAUUCCCAUUCUUGAGGAAAGCCCUUGGUAAGACAAUUGAAGAGGCCAACGCUAACGAAGAAUAA